CGUCAUCAAUAUACGCCGCCGAUUAAUCACGUGGUCCAUGAGAAGUCAAGACCGCAAAAGGCACCUGAAGACGAAAAUUGAAAAGGAAUUCAACGAACUAUAUAGUAGUUUCAGAUUUAUAUAUUAUUUCCAAGUUACACUGUUACUUUUUGUCUGUUCUUUGAUUACACUCAAACUUGUGAUGUUGAGUUAUUUAUGCGUAUGCUUGAAGUCAAUUUCACAUCGGUUUUAAGGCUGUAGUUCCUCAGUGGCGCAUAUUUUGGACAAUGAAUAGUGUUGGGGAGGGCUGCACGGACUUCAAGCGAGAAUACGAUCUGUGUUUUAAUCGCUGGUUCGCUGAGAAAUUCCUGAAAGGAGACCGGAGCGGCGACCCGUGCACUGAGAUGUUCAAAAAAUAUCAAGUGUGUGUUCAGAAGGCCAUCAAGGACAAAGACAUCCCGAUUGAUGGUGUCGAAUUCAUGGGACCCAACAAGGAGAAGCCAGAAAGCUGAUGGAUGAUAUGACUCCUCUUUUGGCUUGAUCUUUUUACGGUUGAUGGAAAUUAGCGGGCUGAGCUGGGGUGGGGGAUUGAGACUGGUGUCAAACAUGUCAUUUAUAUCAAGAAAGAGGUCUAAUAAAGGUAUUGUGAUUUUAAUCCUUGGGGAAUUCCGAAAAUCUGAACAUUUAAAAAAAUGCCUUUUAAAACCAAAAAGAGGACUGACUGUUUGUGCCACUGUAUGUGCAGCUGGAUUAAACCAUUGGGUAAUGUGACAGAAAGGAUGCAUCCACAACAGUUCAGAAACCUGGCUUCCUAAAAAAAAGAAUGCUGGGUGUUUUGGGUGCUUGCCUAGCCUCACGGAAUAAGAGGCCUGUUUGCUUGAUUAGAGUGAUUAGUCCGUUCGCUUUUACGGAUAACACAGACGAAUAUUUAAACCAAUUGUUUCUGUGAUGCACUGCAGAACCAAAACAUAAUUAUGUCUUAUAUUUAGACUAAACACAUUAUUUAUGUAAUUAUAAAAUGAGAUAUUUUCCUUGAUAGAAAGAAAAAAUAAUUCAAGACUAAAACUUGAAAAUUGUUUUAAAGGCACUUUUCUACCAUAUUUUCUUGUAAUAUUGCUUCUUGACUCCUGCGUUUUCUUUUAAACAUACAUUUACCAUUUCCAUGCAGAUCUGUAACCCUGGAUUGUAUAAUGUACUUUUGCUAAUAUCAACUGGCUUCUACUACAGCCACAUAAGAUGCAUUUUCAAGCAGGAAUUUUUUUUGUCGACCAUUGUCAUUUGUACCCAUGCAGGCAAAACAAUAAACUUGAAAAUCAAA